AAUUUUAAAACUUUAUAUUUAAGCACAGAGAGAAUUGAAAGUUAUGGAAAUAUUUUGGAAAUAUUAAAUCGUAAAAAGAAAGAAAUAUUAGACCGUCUUUUCCUUAUAUCGAAUUAAAGCCUCUCAGUUAGAAUAACAUCGAUAGCAGCUUGAUCGUCUGAACUCUUCUUGAAAAUAAUAAAGUAUCUACUAUAUCGAAGUAACUGCUAUUUUUACGCACGCAUCGUGCUCCAUUUGAGUGCGCUUCCGCUCGAACCGGCUUCCACUUAUUACCUCCAUUGAGAAAAGAGAAUCCCCGGACAUUUCCUCACAGAGGUCAGCGAGCCAAGGCCUCACAGCGGACUGUGGAUACUAGUCGGUCGUCGUCGAAAAACGGGGUCUAAUCAAAGUGAGCGGCCUAUAAGAGCGAGCCUGAACAGAUGUCCGAUUCAGUGUAGUCGGCGUAACUCGUAAGGCGAUGUUGCGUUGGAACACAAUAUUUAUCCGUGCCUGACAGUCAACCAACAAUAUUACUCGCUCGUGUGCAUACUUGUUCGUCGAUACCACGUGUUGUUGAGCGUAAAAAUUAGCAUUAUUAUCAGUUCCUAGAUAGCCGAGAAUUACACUGUAGUCAUUAGAAAGAUUGUUGCGAUGGUGAAUCCGAUUAUCCGCAAAAAGUGAGAUAACCGUGAUGGGAUCGAGGCCGCGUCGAUAUUAGUACACUUCGCUAAUGAUCUGGUUACGGAGAUUGUAACGGAGACGUAACGCUGAUUGUCAGUAUAUGGUAACACAGAUUUGAAUAUUGUGAAAGUGUUCAUCAAAUCCGGAAAGAACCAGAAGUAUCAAAGCGAAGAUCGAGAGAGCCUACGUCUGUAGAAAGAGAUCUGAAAGAUUGAUUUUACUUCUUUCGAUCGGAUCUCAACUGUCAACAGAUUGUCGGAGGCAUUUGCAUUUCUGCUACUUCAGCGAGAUUAAAACUUCAUUUCUCAUGAAGAAUUGAAACAUCUGUUCGCAGCAACACUCCGUAUUGCAACUUGCGAAUUUAUCAGUGUGUAAAUUGAGUAUUUCGCCUAGGCACACACAUGCAUACGUGAGGUCGAAAGAGAAAUCGUCGUUCUACUCUCUUUGAUCGUAGAGGUCUAUCUAGUCUAUGGCUGUAUAGCUAUGCGGUACUAAGCGGCGCGCGCGUAUUAUAGAUCUGAUGACUGUUGCUGAAGGCGACGUUGCUUCCAACUUGAUCGAUUAUUCAGAAGGCUGUAUUACUUCUGGAAACAGACAAAGCAACGCCAUUAGCCUUACAGCUGAAAGUCAGAGAGCAUUACCAAGCGCGCGCAGGCUCUAUCUUACGAGUGACAUAAUCGAUAGCUAGAUAUUCGCGGUCUCGUGACAGGCGGCUUCGCGUCGUUUAAUUCGGCUUAGUCAUUGUAACAUCGUGGGGGAAUCAAUUGCUGCUUAUCCCUCCCUCGUGUCGUUCGCGUCUUCGUAAAGUUCGCUCGUUACACGCGAAACGAUAGAAGCUACUACUGAGAUUGGCAAAUGAAGAUCGCGCGGCUCGCUUCUGCCCGGAUAUUUCCGAAGUAACGAGAGACUGACAGACGGGAUCGGACGAAGUUUCUACGAAGGUGCUUUACACCGUGAAUUACGAUCUGCAGACUAGAGUGCAAUGUUCUCCGGGAAGAUGAAUGAAUCCACCCGCGCGUAAAGUCGCGGCACCACGUGACUUUCAUUCCUGGGUCAAGACAGAGUUGAGUCAUAUCGUUUGCAUAUGCAAUGAUCUCAUGAAAAGUCACUUUAUGAGGUUAGAAGAUUUCUUAUGCUUUCCGAGAGAGGACAGGAUUAAAGUUUCAAGAUUUUCUUGGAUUACAUAAUGCGGAGCGGAAACUGCAGUAGGGUGCCAAACGUGACCGGAGCUCGUUGGUGAUAGAUGUAGUGAUCGAGACGCCAAUCUCGCGCGACCACGGAGGUACUGAGUACUGGAGAGAUUUGAGGAUUUCAUCUAUCGCUAUUUAAUUAAAUCAAUAUGGCUGUCGAUUUGACGCAUAGCGAGGAAGGACGUGCCAUGUUGCGCUUCAAUUCGAUAACUGAGAAUCCAUCUGACAUGGAGAAUAACAACAAUAACAAUGUUAAGAGGGAAAAGAAGGAGGCAACUGUACAAAAAUCGUCGAAUUCAAAAGCGGUGCUUGCGCAGUGUUUAGUAACAGGUGCAGUAUUAUUGGUGGCGACGGGAGGUGGCAUGCCGAUUGGUUACAGCGCUGUUAUGUUGCCGCAGCUAUCAGAUGAGAACAGUACCUUUCAUGUGAAUCGCGAAACUGGUUCCUGGAUAGCUUCGAUACACAGUCUGGCUACUCCUGUCGGCUCACUGUUAUCAGGACCACUUCUCGACGCGAUCGGCCGACGAGGUUGCCUUCAACUGUCAUCGAUUCCCUUGUGCAUAGGAUGGUUGAUCAUCGGUUUGUCAAGGAGCGUCACUUCUAUUUUAGUAGGGAGAGUCAUAUGUGGUGUGUCUGUAGGAUUCAUGGCGGUACCUGCUCAGGUAUUGGUGGGAGAAACAGCUUAUCCAGCUCUUCGGGGCUUCCUGGUAGUUGGCUCGUUCGCUUCGUACUGCGCCGGAAUCCUGCUGGUUUAUGCUCUCGGCGCUUCUUUUAAUUGGGACAUCGUGGCCUUCUAUGCCAUCAUACUUCCUGCUGUGGCCUUUGUCGCCCUUUGUUUAAUUCCCGAAAGUCCCGCCUGGCUCAUUAAACGGAAGAAAAUUGAAGAAGCCAAGAAAGCACUUCUAUGGCUCAGAGGCGGUGAUAUUGAGCAGAUGCUUAAGGAGACAGAGUCGCUUGAAGCAACUAUAAAAGCUGAUCUCGCUAAAAAGUCUGAAAAUACCUCGUUUAAGAAGAAGAUCUCCUCGGCGAUGUCUACAAUGCGCGAUCCGGGUGUGAUAAAACCAUUGAUUAUCAUCAACGUGUUUAAUGCGUUUCAAACAAUCAGCGGGACGUACAUUGUUAUUUUCUACGCCGUUGACAUGAUCAAGGACAUAGGUGAGAGCAACGUGGAUAAUUAUUUGGCGGCUGUAGUGACGGCAGCUAUCAGGUUUGUUUUCUGCAUUCUCUCCUGUAUUUUGUUACUUAAAAUGGGCAGACGACCCUUAGGCAUCGUUUCGGCGCUCGGCACGGCCUUGGCCUCGUUGGUCCUCGCAGGAUAUUUGAUUGCCAGAACGGAGGGAUCGUCCGCAGAUGUCUACGUGUUGACCGUAUGUUUGUUGUUUUACGUCGCCGCAAAUACAUUGGGUCUAUUAACACUUCCUGGGCUGAUGACAGGUGAACUCAUGCCGCUGAGAGCUCGUGGUGUCGGCGGUGGAUGCAUCUUCUUCGCCUUCAAUCUGUUUCUGUUCUUCUUGAUCAAAUCCUUUCCAUGGGUAAAUAGCGUAGUUGGCACUACGGGAGUCUUCAUUAUCUUCGGCGUCUCCUCUCUUUUGGAAGCAAUUUUUAUUUAUCUUGCUCUACCAGAAACGAAAGAUUGUUCGCUUCAGGAGAUUGAAGAAUACUUUCAACAAAGUAACUUCCUGUGGAUAAAUAGAACACGAACGAAAAGAAAGGAUACAGGAAUGCCUGCGAGAGCUGAAUCUAAUUGUUUAAUUCCUGUAUCCGAGUGUAAAUAAGAACAAAACGUGAAUAGAAUUUGAUAUGACUGCGAUAUUAUUUUUUAUAUAAUAGAAAUAAUUGUAUAUUUUUACUAUUUCAAGAUAUCUCUAUAAGAACAUCGCAUUCUUAUACAAGAAUAUGUGCGAUUAGGUUUAAGUGAAAACUACAGAACACAAACAUGUACACUCUCAAGUUGAAAGCUUUAAGUUUUAUGAUAUUUGAAUAAAACAUUUCUAAUAAGAAAAUA